GGCGGGGCCGGGGCAGCCGGGCCGCCUUCGCCGUCGCCUUCGCCGCCACCUCCAGUGGGAUUGUCCAAAACCCUCUGGGUUCUUCUGUGUUGGAACUGUUGCCAUGGAGACCUCCUGAGAUGCUGCAGUGACCACCGACCUCCAGUUUAACUUCCAGAUAGAGAAAUCCCACUGCAUCGUUUACGGUGUCUGUCAAGAAAUGUGGGUUGAGCACCUCCUGUGGGUGCCUGCAGAACCCAGGCCAGAUGUUUGGGAAUGACCGUCUACCUCCACCACUGACAGAAAUAACCCAGUCCGUGUUUUCUUUGGUGACAGAUACCGUGACUGGGCUGGAAAUGGCCACGGGGGACAGGUCGGGCCGGAGGCUGCCCCAGGUGGCCGAGCCGGGUGUGGAAGGGGAGCCGCAUCUGCCCACAGGCCGGGAGCUGACCGAGCCCAAUCGUUUUGCCUAUGCCGCCCUCUGUGGCAUCUCCCUGUCCCAGCUCUUUCCAGAACCUGAGCAAAGAUCCUUCUGCACGGACUUUGUGGCCGGCCUGGUGAAGUGGCUGGACUUGUCCGAAGCUGUCUUGCCAACCAUGACUGCUUUUGCCAGCGGCCUGGGAGGCGAAGGAGCAGACACGUUUGCUCAGAUUUUAUCGAAGGACCCCAUCCUGAAGGACGACCCACUGGUGAUCACUCAGGACCUUCUGAGCUUCUCACUCAAGGAUGGGUGCUAUGAUGCUCGGGCCCGAGUCCUCAUUUGCCACGUGACCUCCCUCCUCCAAGUGCCCUUGGAGGAGCUGGAUCUCCUCGAAGAGACGUUCCUCGAGAGCCUGAAGGAAACCAAAGAGGAGGAAUCUGAAAUGGCCGAGGCAUCCCGGAAGAAGAAAGAGAACCGGAGGAAGUGGAAGCGCUAUCUCCUGAUUGGCCUGGCGACGCUGGGAGGCGGGACAGUGAUUGGCGUGACUGGGGGUCUGGCUGCCCCUCUUGUUGCUGCCGGGGCUGCGACGAUCAUUGGCAGUGCCGGGGCAGCGGCUCUGGGCUCGGCGGCCGGCAUAGCUGUCAUGACCUCGCUGUUCGGUGCAGCUGGAGCUGGCCUGACAGGAUACAAGAUGAAGAAGCGUGUCGGGGCCAUUGAAGAGUUCUCAUUUCUGCCUCUGACGGAAGGCAGGCAGCUCCACAUCACCAUCGCCAUCACGGGAUGGCUGGCAUCUGGCAAAUACCGCACCUUCAGCGCCCCAUGGGCUGCCCUGGCCCACAGCCGCGAGCAGUACUGUCUGGCUUGGGAGGCCAAGUACCUGAUGGAGCUUGGCAACGCCCUGGAGACCAUCCUCAGUGGUCUUGCCAACAUGGUGGCCCAGGAGGCCCUAAAAUACACAGUGUUGUCUGGCCUUGUGGCUGCCCUGACCUGGCCAGCCUCACUCCUCAGUGUUGCCAAUGUCAUCGACAACCCCUGGGGUGUGUGUCUCCAUCGAUCAGCAGAGGUUGGCAAGCACCUGGCCCACAUUCUGCUCUCCCGGCAGCAGGGCCAGCGGCCUGUCACCUUGAUUGGCUUCAGCCUGGGAGCCAGAGUCAUCUACUUCUGUCUGCAAGAGAUGGCUCAGGAGAAAGAUUGCCAAGGGAUCAUCGAGGACGUUGUCCUGCUGGGCGCGCCCGUGGAAGGAGAAGCCAAGCACUGGGAGUCUUUCCGGAAGGUGGCAUCUGGAAGGAUCAUCAAUGGCUACUGCAGUGGGGACUGGCUCUUGAGCUUUGUGUACCGCACAUCCUCCGUGAAGCUCCGAGUGGCCGGCCUACAGCCCGUGCUGCUGCAGGACAAGAGGGUGGAGAACGUGGACCUGUCCUCCAUGGUCAGCGGCCACUUGGACUACGCCAGGCAGAUGGACGUCAUUCUGAAGGCCGUGGGCAUCCACACCAAGCCAAGCUGGGACGAGAAGGGGCUCUUGCUGGCCCCAGGCAGCCCGCCCCAAGAGGAGCCUCGCCAGGCAGCAGCCCCCUCCUCAUCAGAUAAGACCACCAACCAGGAUGGGCAAACCCAAGGUCCCACAUCCCCUUGGGGAGACACCCCCAAAGCAGCCACAUCUCCUGACCCCAGCCAAGCCCAAGUGCCAGUGGGACUGGACCAGUCUGAAGGGGCCUCUCUUCCUGCUGCUGCCAGCCUUGCUGAGAGCCCCCCUGUCUGCAGCCAUGGCGUGGGUCCCAACCCACUGGGCUGCCCCGACUGUGCCAGCGAGACACAGGGGUCCUGCCCAGAGCUGGACUGACCCCGGAAGAGUCAUUCUCCCAGAUUUCUAUAUGCAGUGCUCUCUUACCCCACUCCACCGGGUCCCUCACGUGAGCUCUGGAGAUGCAGAAUUUCUACCACUGUCUUUCCUAAAUUGAAGACAUUGGUACUGGAAGGAGGGGGAUUGUAAGAAGACACCGUCCCCUCCCCAAGGAGGGAAGGCUAGAGCUCUGCAGAGUCAGCCAAGCACAGUAUAGAGCCCCAGGACUAGACCAGCCGGGGGCCUCCUGUGCUUCGGGUCAGGGAUGUAAGGUCUGGUUGCCCACCAGGUGACUCAGGAGCUCUGUGGAGCCUGAGGCUCCCACCCAGCCACACUCCCCAGCCUCAAAAGCCUGGUGUCUGCCGACCCAUCCUCCAGGGCUGCCUGCCAGCCCACAGGCACCACUGCCACACCUACAGAGCAGGUACAAGUGGGGCAGGCAGCUUAUUCUCUCUGCUCUUGGGAGAUCCGAUGAGAUCUGCCACAGGCAGCUGCACAGGCUGUGCACCGCACAACUACAGGGGAAGCAUCGGAAAGACGUGAUGUGAAGGGCGCCCCCCAAAGUUAUGCCACGUGGUGGCCCUGGAUAUAAUUGUUACAGAACGUGGUGAAAAAAUGUUACAGAACGUGGUGAAAAAAUGCUGGAUCCGCAGGCAGUGUGGACUGGGACUGGGCCUGUGACGAGAAUGAAUUAGAUGGGGAAAGGAUUUCCUAUAGCAGAAACAGAGGUGUGAUGAUUCUAAUAAUAAAUAAUAAU